AUGCUGGACAUGAGCGAGACCCGCGCCCAGCCGCCCUGCAGCCCAUCUGGCACUGCUAGCUCCAUGUCGCACGUGGAGGACUCGGACUCAGACGCGCCGCCGUCGCCUGCCGGUUCCGAGGGUCUGGGCCGUGCGGCGGGCGCGGGGGGCGGCGGCCGGGUCGACGCAGCCGAGGCGGCGGACGAGCGCUUCCCCGCCUGCAUCCGCGACGCCGUGUCGCAGGUGCUCAAGGGCUACGACUGGAGCCUGGUGCCCAUGCCGGUGCGAGGCGGCGGCGGCGGUGCCCUCAAGGCCAAGCCGCACGUGAAGCGGCCCAUGAACGCCUUCAUGGUGUGGGCGCAAGCAGCGCGCCGCAAGCUGGCGGAUCAGUACCCGCACCUGCACAACGCGGAACUCAGCAAGACGCUGGGCAAGCUGUGGCGCUUGCUGAGUGAGAGUGAGAAACGCCCCUUCGUGGAGGAGGCAGAGAGGCUGCGGGUCCAGCACAAGAAGGACCACCCAGAUUACAAGUACCAGCCACGCCGGAGGAAGAGUGUGAAGACUGGCCAGAGCGACUCAGACUCAGGCGCCGAGCUGGGCCACCACCCGGGCGGUGCCGUCUACAAGGCUGACACCGGCCUCGGUGACGCACACCACCACGGUGACCACACAGGGCAGACCCAUGGGCCACCCACCCCCCCCACCACCCCCAAGACUGACCUGCACCACGGGGGCAAGCAGGAGCUGAAGCUGGAAGGCCGCCGCCUGGUGGACAGCGGGCGCCAGAACAUCGACUUCAGCAACGUGGACAUCUCUGAGCUGAGCAGUGAGGUCAUCGGAAACAUGGACACCUUUGACGUCCACGAGUUCGACCAGUACCUGCCCCUCAACGGCCACUCGGCCUUGCCCACAGAGCCGGGCCAGCCCGCGGCCGCCAGCUCCUACGGAGGCACCUCCUACUCGCACUCCGGGGCAGCUGGCAUUGGGGCGUCUGCCGUGUGGGCCCACAAGGGAACCCCGUCAGCCUCUGCGUCGCCCACUGAAGCAGGGCCCCCGAGGCCGCACAUCAAGACGGAGCAGCUGAGCCCCGGCCACUACAGCGACCAGUCGCACGGCUCUCCGGGGCACACCGACUACGGCUCCUACAGCGCUCAGGCCAGUGUCACCACGGCCGCCUCCGCCGCAGCCGCCAGCUCCUUCACCAGCUCACAGUGCGACUACACUGACCUGCAGGCCCCCAACUACUAUGGCCCGUACCCCGGCUACCCAUCCGGCCUCUACCAGUACCCCUACUUCCACUCGCCCCGCCGACCCUACGCCUCGCCCCUGCUCGGUGGCCUCUCCGUGCCACCCGCCCACAGCCCCCCCAGUAACUGGGAGCAGCCCGUGUACACCACCCUGACCAGACCCUGA